AUGGCGACGCAAGGAGGUAUUGCCGAUGAUCUUUUCUUCCAUCUGGCUGAAGACAUCCAGAUGGGCGAGCAGAUGGAGGCCUUAGGACGAACGCUCGGCUUCAAAGUCGCAGAAAUCGAUAGAUACACAGAGACCAACAACAAAGGUGCCUGGGUAUAUUGCAAGGGAACAUUUGACAUGCUGUUUGACUGGAGACAGACCGUGGUGACUUGCGACCAGCAUCUCAGACUGAAACAGGCUCUCAUUGACGCUAAGCUGGUCGUGCUUGCUGAUAAACAUCUCAAAGGGAUACACAUUAUUCCAGGUAUCUACAAUAAGAAGAUCUCGGCAUCAUUGACUGUUGAGCGAUGUCGCGAAAAGUUGGAGAAUAAGUACCGGAAAAAAUUGUGCAAAAUUCAAAUGAAACCGUGGGAUCAAAGCGAUUAUGCUGAGCUUGAAGAUAUGCACACGGCUGUUACAAUGGUGAAGAAGGACGCUAACGGACAAGACACGAAAAAGAAGGAAAAACUCAAGGGUUCUGAAAUAUUUUCAACGAAAGUAAACGGAGAACUGCCAGCUCGAAUCCUCAUUUCGGCCCCCGCUGGGAGGGGGAAGACCACGGCUGUCGCUAAGAUGGCUCACGAUUGGGUUCACAGAAAAAAGGGGUCAGCAUUAGAACACCUGCCACUUCUGUUUGUUGUGAAAUUCCGAAACACAAGUAGGCGUACCUCGAUCGGAGAAGCAAUUAAGGACCAGCUUUUGAGUGAUGUUGAUGAUCUCACACCAGAGGGUCUGGAGAAAUUCAUUAGAGAGAAUCAGGGAAUCUGUCACAUCAUACUAGACGGACUAGAUGAGUAUGCCGGUAUCUCUUCUUUAGAAGGAAGCUCAGAGAGCAAUAUUUUCAGUGUCAUCCGCUGGGAGGAAUUUCCAGAGUGCCGAGUCCUUGUAACAACACGCCCUCACCUAGAAAACAUCUUUAAUCAAGAUGAACUUCCUAGGGUAUACACAAAGAUGUGGAUCGAAGGAUUCUCACGAGAGAGCUCACAUGAGUACAUCGACAAGUUCUUUGGUUCGACUUCGAAUAAUUAUAGCAGGCAAGGUCAUGGUCUAAAGGUUUACCUUGAUGAACAACCGCUCAUUAAUGAACUUGUUAAAACACCUCUAUUUUGUCUCAUGGUCUGUCAUUUAUGGAGCGAGGGGCUUUUAAACACUGAAAUUGCAACUCAAACAGAAUUAUUAGACAGCGUGAAUGUUUUUUUGAUGCACCAUGCAAACUUCCGAUCAAAGUCAAGGGUGAAAAUCACACGCAAAAAGUUGAGGAAAAUCAUUUGUCAAUUAGGCAAAGUUGCCCUUACUGGUUUGCUGGACGAUGCUAAAAAACUAGUUUUCACACCUGAUGAUUUCCGUAAAGUUCCCGCAAUGCUUGAAAUAGCAUGUGAGCUUGGGAUAGUAUCGAAGACGACUGCUUCAUUAACACGCCUACCUCAGUCCAACGAGACCACUUCCACUACCAUUGAGUUUUAUCACAAACUCGCACAAGAACACUCGGCUGGGAAAUUUCUCGCUGAUCAAACAAACCACUUUCUGCUGCGCUUGAAGUUAUCUAAGUUAGACAGAGUACUGCUCAAGAUCAAAGCAAACAUCGGCGACUAUGAGAAUCUCAUCCGAUUUGCUGCUGGUACGGACAACAACCUAUGUAUACGAAUAAUGGAGAGGGUCCUCGCAAACAGCUUUGUGGAUGAGCUCGAACGAUAUCGCAUUCUCCUAGACUGUUCAUCAGAGACCAAGGGUACCGAAGGAAAUGUAUCUUCGUUGGUUCAAAGAUGUGUGAAUGCAGAGAGUAUUGUUCUGAAGUCACCCACAGUCUACACCGUCGUUGGGAUGCAACAACUUCCAAAGCAACUUAAACGUUAUGACGAUAAAGUUCGAGGGAUCUACUAUAACUACCGACGUGACGAGUGGACUAUGGUCCUGCCUGGGAUCAUUUUCGAUGCUACAGGACAGCAGCACAUCUACCUUACAGCACCAUCAUCACUCCCAUCAGAGAAGAACAGUGUAUCGAGAGAGACGAUAAGAGGAAUGGGUCUUCUGAUCAGAGAACAAACCAAUAACCUGCAGGGGCUACUUCUGACCUGUGUGAAGUGCACAGACGAGGAAGACUUGGUUGAACUUGUCGAGUGUUGCAAAAAUGUGGAGACGAUGAAUCAUCUAAUGCUUCUUGGCUGUGGUACAAACACAGACGGUAGACUAAGCCGUCACAUCACUGGUCUUCACAAGUCAAAGAAGUCACUCGGGGUGAUUGCCUUGCAUGUAACAACUUACUCGGGUGACGAGUACCACUAA